AUCAAAACGUACCAUCUGUAAACAUGGCGGCGGACUUCAGGUGGAGAUGUGCGGCUCUUCUGCUCUGCGCCGCUUUGGUUUGUAUUUUAGCGACAAACGGCGACGAAAAGCCCCAAAAGAAGAAGAAAGACAUCCGCGACUACAAUGACGCAGAUAUGGCGCGACUCCUGGAACAGUGGGAGGAGGACGAUGACAUUGAAGAAGGUGACCUCCCAGAGCACAAGAGGUCUCCUCCCUCCAUUGAUCUAUCUAAGAUGGACGCCUCCAAACCUGAGGACCUGCUCAAAAUGUCCAAGAAGGGUCGGACGCUGAUGGUGUUUGCGACGGUGUCGGGAAAUCCCACUGAGAAAGAGACAGAGGAGCUCACAGGCCUGUGGCAGGGAAGUCUCUUCAACGCCAACUAUGAUAUUCAGAGGUUCGUGGUGGGCUCCAACAGAGUGAUCUUCAUGCUGCGGGACGGCAGCAUGGCCUGGGAGGUCAAAGACUUCCUGGUGUCUCAGGAGCGCUGCUUGGACGUCACAGUGGAGGGACAGGUUUUCCCCGGGAAGGCUGCCAAGAAGGACGACGCCAAACACGACCAGCAGAACGGAACCAACGCCCAGAAGAAGAGCAGCAAGAAGAAGAAGAAGACAGAAGAUAGCCAGAAGCCGGACGUCGAGGGCAACAGAGCCAGUCAUCUGAAAAACGAGCUGUGAUGGAGUAAAGCCGGUGAGAGGAACCAUGGGUCACGUUUUCUUUUCUUUUUUUAAUCUUCUGGCCUUAGAUCGAGAUGUUUGAGGAGCUGCAGGACCAAGAGACCAUGCUUUGGUUCAGAGUUGGCAGUUUGAGUUAACUCACUCAUCCAGUUCAGUACAUUAACCAGGAUCGCUGAGCUGAACUGUCUGCCCUCACAGGAUCACAUUGGUGUGACAAGUUCAUUCUUUAAAGGGACUGUCCCAAGUUUCUUUCAAGUGUGGUUGCAUGAGGUACUGACGGAAAAAUAAGUGAUGACUGUGUCGUGCACACCCCUGCACCCAGAACCAACGUGAGACAUGGUGUGACUUACUUACUUCAGUGUGAAAUCCUUUUUAUCCAGAUUUACCUCAGUGAUACAAAAAAUGCUGAUUUGGUGUGGGAGAUAAAAUGACACAAAUUGGAAGUUUCCUGUUGUUAACAGCUGUCUAAUGACAAGAUAAAGAUAUAAAUAGACUGUUGACAUUACGUGAGCCUCGGGGUGGUACUCGGUCAGUACCUCAUAAAACCACAUGACAAACUGUAUCCCUUAAAAUCAUAUUCACUUUGUUACACACAUUGAGAUUCACCUGUAACGGCUGUGCUGACUGGUUUGAUCAUUUUUCUGUUCCAUAAUCAAAUGAAAACCGAUGCACACACGUUAUUGUGUAAGGUACGUAUUAUUAAUUUUUUACCAGGAGCCAAGUCAGAACAGGAAGUGGUUUUUCCUGGGACUGACAUGGAGUUACCAUUGAUCAGAUGGUCCAGGUCCUGGUCCUGAUCGAGGUCCUGGUCCAGGUCACUGUUAGACAUCGUUCACGUCCAGCAGCACUUUUGAGAUUUGACACAAAAGUUAUCACCUGCAUAUUUUUGUUUGAUUUUUUUCACUGAAUACAAAAUAAAACUUGUUUUUUUUUCAUAA